AUGACCUCAGCAGCGAUAUCAAGCGACUGGCAAGCCUCAGGAUACUGUUGCAGUGUAAGUGGCAAUGAUGAUUUGCCAAUUCUUCAGUUUCUUCGCGUGGGCGUCGUUCUUGUCCGAGUCGGCGUCGUUCGACUUGUCGUUGUUCAGCUUGAGGUUACAAUUGGUAGCAGUUUCUAUUCCAAUAUUGCUCGCGGUCCUCGGCGGGUGGCAGACCUGCUUAAUGUCACCCCUAUUGGGUCUCCUCCCAGGGAAUCAAGUCCGAACUCUCCUUGUUCAACAUCCCAACUCACCCAUGAUACAUGCGCUCUAGCGCACCCGCCCUCCAACAUUGGAACAAAGUGGCAUAUAAGUCGUUGA